UGAAAUAUUAAUGCCACCUAUUAUAUAAUAUUAUAAAAUAUAAACGCCAGCUACCAGAUGCAUUAUAUGUAUUAGACUUGUAGUUCUUUUUCUAUUAUUAUUUUCGAAGCGAGGUCAGGACGUUAACAACAAAAAAAAAACAGUUAUUAGCAAAAAAAAAAAAAAAAGGCAGCUCAAUCUCCUUGUUGAGCUUCAAUCAUCUCGAUGCGAAUUCGGGACUUCAACCGAACAGAACAAAUCGCCCCCACCAAAGAAGAGACAAGAGAAGACCAUUCUAAACCCGGGCUUCACUCCGCCACGGACGCUGCCUUAGUCAUAAAUAAUGGUGCUCCACUUGCCCCGCCUCCCACGCCGCUCACAGAAGGUUUUCGGUAGGUGGGUACUUCUGAAGGCUUUCUAUCUCUAUAGCAACCGGUCUGCCGGGUUCUGUUUUUCUUUGCUUCUCCGUCUUUCCGCGCCGAAGAUCCGCCAGUUUCCACCUUGAGGUUGAGGAGCGAGGAGGGGAUUUGCUUAUGUAGUGGAAAACUGACUUUAUCACAAAAUUAUGGUGCGAUUAACGUUGGAACUUAUUGCUAGAAGUCUUAAUCAAAAGAAUCGCAGAGAUGAAUCUUUGGCCCAACAUCUGAGGAAGCUAACACAUCUAAAAUUAUCUAAUAAAAAUAUAGAUGUUAUUGAUGAUCUUUCUUUGUGUAAAAAUCUUAAUGUCCUAUAUUUAUAUGAUAAUAAUAUUAGACAGAUACAUAACUUGGACUUUGCGACAAACCUAAGACAUCUGUACCUGCAGAACAACUGCAUUACACGAAUUGAAAAUCUAGAAUCAUUGAUAAGACUUGAAAAAUUAUAUUUGGGUGGCAACUGUAUCACUGUAGUGGAAGGAUUGGAAACUUUAGAGGAACUGAGAGAAUUGCAUGUUGAAAGCCAGCAGCUUCCCUUAGGAGAAAAACUCUUGUUUGAUCCAAGAAGUCUUCAUUCAGUAUCUAAAUCUUUAUCAGUUUUGAAUAUCAGCAAUAAUAAUAUUGAUGAAUUAAGUGACUUAUCCAUUCUAGAAAAUAUCUCCCAUCUUAUAGCUGUUGACAACCAACUUCAUCACAUAAAGGACUUGGAAUUUGUUCUGAGUAUAUGGACUAAGUUGUACAAAAUGGAGCUGAAUGGGAAUCCUGUUUGUCAUAAGCCAAAAUACCGAGAUAAAGUAAUACUGCAGUCAAAAUAUCUUGAAUUGCUGGAUGGAAAAGAAAUAAAAGAAAUGGAAAGACAGUUCCUGACAAAUUGGAAAGCCUCCAGAGAUGCCAGAAAGAAAAACAAAGUAGAAAGCUUCAUUAAUGAGCAUUCAUCAUAUUCACAUUUUGAUGACAAUGAUGCAGAACAUGCACAUUUUCCUAUUUACCACUUCCCAGUCUCCAGAGAGAUACAUAGAACUCCUUAUAAUAAAGAAUUUCAGCCAGUAUAUGAAGAAAACAGAAAUAGUGAAAAAAUCAGCCAUUCAGCCUUGAAAACUUCUCAAAAUGAACAGAAAGAGCUAUUUGAACCUCAUCUCCUUAGACAAAUGCCUUUCUAAGCAGCUACUAGAAAGAUGUACUUCUAUAUUAUCAUCAGAACAAAAGAUGUGCUUCAGAACCAAAUGUGAAGAAAAAUUGUUUUUUUUACUGCAAACAAAGUGAUAUUUCACAGUAUAAAAUGUUUUGUAUUACAGAUCCAAUGUAAGUUUAAGUAAAAAAGGGUUAAAAUAAUUUAACCUUAUGCAAAUAUGUUUUUAUAUUAAAAGUAGUAGCCAUCUUAAUUAAACCACUGGUUAAACUAUCAUUUUAUCUAAGGUUUUGGUGGACAAUCAUGACCUUUCAGAGCAAAAACUGUAUUCAUGAAAUUGUAACUACAUUUACUAGGGCCCAGCAGAUUAAUAAGAGUUUAUAGCCAAUGAUUUGCUAUGGUACUACUGCACUGGAAAUGGGAGGCUUCCAUGGAAUUCAGGACAUAUAUGUUGAGAGUUCUCUGGGUUGAUUAGACAAAAUACAACAUACAAUGGUCAUAUUGCAAAAUAUAUCAACUUCUUUAUUCUUAGAAUAACAAGGAUAGAAAGAGAUCAUUUUCAUUCAAACUUUGACUUUUCCACUUGUAAUUCACAAGUGGAUUUCAGCUAAUGCAUACAAACAUACCUACUCUGCCUUUGCCUCACUUUGAUAUCUGCCUUCAAAGAAGGAUGGAAUGUAGUCAGUUUCUUCAUGGUCUAAUUGUUCUACCAUAGCUUGAUUAACUAUCUCCCUUCUGGCAUUAGCAACUGCUGUUUUAAAAUCAAUGGAUGCUUAUUUUAUACUAAAAUUUAAUUGCUAUUAACUUCUAGAAAGGCUUAAUCAAAUCUCCAAUUAAAAUAUAGCUGGCCACCUCUCCCAGUUAGAAAACCAAUAUGUUCUUUUGUGUGUCUUUAGAUCUCAAUUCUGUGCAAGUUGAAACAUUUCAUAUGGUAUUGUCUUUCUUACAUAGUAAACUGAAUGCCAAUUCCUUUUUGAGUCACCUUGGAAUCUCUUCAGCAUCCCAAUUUCAGGUUUUGCAUACUAGCCAUCUAUUUUUCUUCUCCUUGAUCAAUUUCUCUCAACACCACUAAUUCUACAUAUUAAUAAUGAAUUCAUUUUUAAGUACCCUAUUCAGGGCUUUUUUUGUCAUAGAACGCCCAGAAUGGAGUUCCGGCACCUUUUUUGGAUGAAACCUUGUAGGGUAGGCAAGGCGGGUUGUUUGAUGUGUGAGUUUUGGCACUUUUUUUUUUUUUUUACAAAAAAAAGCACUGACCAUAUUUAUGUAGUCGAAAUUAUAACGUGGACAAAAAUAUGGUUUGGGGAUAUAUAAUUGUAAUUUUAAGAUUUACAGAAAUACACAUAGUAGUUCAAAGAGUUAAUUUAGUGAGAACAACUAAACCAUGAGAACUGAAUAGAAUUCUGACUAACUCUUGGUUAAUGAGGAUCAGAAAAAAAUGGAAAAGUAUGUGGAAACGUGAAUUGUUAUGCUGGUUAGCUUGUUGCUAAACUAAAAAAAAAUCUGCAUUACAUGUUAUUUUGCAUAUUAGUCCAUCAAAUAAUGGAAUUAGAUCAUUAGUUAAUAAUAAUGUUAGUAUUAUAGCAACUUGAAAAUUUGUUCUGUUUUCAGUUACUUCAAGAACAAAACCUGAAUAUCCUAUGUUUGUGGAAUCUGCUCUUUUAUCAGCUCUAAAUCUAUAUACUUGAUUUUAUCAGUGUCUUUACGCAGUGUAUAAGUAUAAACUUAAUUUUAUUACUUUAUUACUUUAAUACAAAUGAAUUGAUAUAAGUUCUUGUAUUAAUUAAAUCCAAAUUAGAUUAGUCUUACUUUCCUAUAGAUUGUAAUUACGAAAAAGAAAAAGGAAAACAUUUCCUAAUUGCAUUUUCAUUGAAUGAGAAAAAAAAUAAGAUCUGUAUUUUAAUGUGAAAUUCCCAGCCCUCCAUAACUUUAUUUUAGUAAAAUGCAAACAAAAGAAGAGGCAAGUUGUCUAAUAGAACCAAUUUUAUGUAGUGGUUAAGGCAUCAGGUUAGAAAUCAGGUGUCUGUGAGUUCUACUCCUGCUUUAGUCAUGAAGCCAUGUAGGAGACUUGGGCCAGUCUCUCCUUCUCAGCCCUGGAAGGGAGACAAUGGCAUACUACUUCUGAAAUCUUCCAAGAAAACUGCAGGGGCUAGUCCAGUGAAUCAUUGGGAAUCAACACUGACUCAAAGGCACAUACACAAAAAGGUUAUUUAAUAUGACUCACAGUUUAAAUUAUUCUGAAUUCAUAUUGAUUUGUAUCACAAUCCUCAAUGUGCUUUGGAAACAUUUCAGUUAUUUAAAAGGGACAUAAAACCAAAUAAAUGUGUUUAAAAGAGUGUACCAGUUGGCUUGAAUUCUUAUAAUUCAUUUCAAAUUAUAAGUCCCAACACUAUUCGUUUUGAAGGAAUUACAUUUGCGGUACUUAAAAUGUUAUUGUUUGCUAUUGAAACCAACAUGUACUUUAGGAGGCAUUAACAUAAGAGCACUGGGUCUUUAGAAUCAUUCUAUUUUCACAGUAUUCUGCACUUUGCAAUAUGCCUUUUUUUUCUCCAGGUUCCUCCUUAGAAAUUACUGCAAGUUUAAACUUUCCAGUUUCUUGGCUAGUAUAAAGGGCAGCUAAUAAUUCAGUCCUUAUUUUUCUGUCUUGCUAAGACAAAGAUUUGAUUUAUUGUGUUUAUGUUAUCUCACAAUCAAAAAUUCAUUCCCAGUGUUUCGUUGGUAUAACUCUACACCCUGCCUAUUUAUUUUGAAUGUCUCUUCUGAUUAAUGUCUUUGAGCCAACCAAAUGUAUUUUUUCUUACUGUUAGAUAUCCUCAUAAAUACAUUUGGUUGUGGAACAUUUACAUUUGUGUGUUAAUGAUAGAAUCCUAAAACUUUGUCCUAUGAAUCCUAAAAUUUGCACAAUAUUCACUAUUCAUUCAGAUAUGAAUAUGGAAUCACUAAAACUGGCUGGCAUGUGAUUAAAUUUACAAACAUUCAGUAUGAGAUUGAUGAUAGUACUAUAUUAAAUAUAGCUAACUCAUUAUCAGCUAUUUUGAUAUCAUUUUUAUUUAAUUAUGGAUAAAGAAGUGAAAAUUUGCAAGAACCAGCAAAAAACUAUGGCUUUUCAGUUUGACAAUACAAAAGUCAAUAUUAGCAAAUUCUGAAAAUAAUCAUAGGGAAAAAACACUAUUUAGCCUUUUGAGUCCAAUCUUUAAAUUACUUCCUUCCAGCAAAAGGUUACUACAUGUUAACCUAAACAAUUUUCCUGAAGAGUAAUUUUAGUAUUGGUAUCUAGAGAAUACUGCAUAAGCAUUGUGCAAAUGCCUUCCAGGUUUCUAAUGGGAAGAUGAUUAAUUCACAGUUCUUUCAACUAUUUCCUAGCGGAAAGUGAAAUCAAGUGCCAGUUAAUGGCUUAUCGAGAGAGUCUAUUCACAUCUUGUUUUGCAUGAUUAGGACGCCUGGCUUAUUGCCGAUAUUUGAAUUUAUAGCAAGUGUGUCAGAACACUGCAUAUACCUCAUAGGUGGGAUAUUAGCUUCCAAAAUAUAUUUUCCCCUAGAUAGAAUAGUAUGAGCAUAUGUGGAGUAAAUGUAUAAUUCUGCUUGAGGGACACUGGCCAAAAUGGACCAAAACUGACAUACUAGGGUUUAGGACUGAGUAGCAAUUUGAGUUCAAAACAGCAUAUAUGAGGAUGCAAAUCUUGUUUAUUAGCAACUCCUUAAAGAAGCUGUAUGUACUAAUAUUCAGACCAGAGCUCAGCAGUAGCUCGGUUGUCUAACCAAAAAUAAGCUUUCUCAAGAGAAGUCUCAAAUAGUCUAAUCCAGGUGUGUCAAACUGCCAGCCCGUGGGCCAGACGCGUCAUCCGGAAGCCGCGCCAACCCCUUAACCGUCUGGAUACAUUGCCUGUAUGUAGCUUUGUGUUCAGAGAUUAAACUCUAUUUUUUUCCUGAAGUGAUUUAUUUUCAUCUGGUUUUCCUUUACAUCUCAAAAACCUGGCAUUUUAACAAGGGUGUAUAUAGACUUUCUAUAUCCACUAUAUAUUUGUAUGUCCAUGAAGUCACAGAAAUUUAGCUUAAUUCAGUUAUUUUAGGUAUGCAUGGCAAUUUGCUAUUAAGUAUAUUUUGAAGUCUUCGCUGAAAUCAAUGAGAUGUAAAAAUACUUAAUUGGUUGAAUUGUGUCAAAGCGUCAAUGAUUUGAAAGACUGCAAUAGUUGCUUGGUUAUUUUAAUAACUGUUCUGACAUUCCAAUAAAUAUUUAGAUAAUAUAUUUCACCUCAAUAAUCUCAAAUUACAUUAAUUUCUGUGCUUAUUAGUUUUGCUUAUCACUGAUUUACAUGCAAGCAACUAUACUUCAUGCAACUGGGAUUUUGCUGAUCCCAUUUCAGUGGCUUUUCUUUCAUAUGAAUAGGCAACUGUGGACAAUAAAUGCAUUUUUAUAAACUUUAGCAUAAUUCAGCAAAACACAAAGGUUAAAUAUGCAGAUGAUCUCUAGAAGAUACAAAUAGAAAUAUAUUUAUUUCAUUUGUAGCAAUGAAUAUACUGGUAAUAAAUACC